CUUCAGGUAGGAGGUCCUGGGUGACUUUGGACGUCCGCUCCACCUCCGCGCAGAGACUACCUAUUCCUGGGCCUCGUAGUUUUGUUGUUCUGUGCUUGGGGACCCCAGCCCACUGCCGCAACCAUGCUGCGCCAAAUCAUCGGUCAGGCUAAGAAGCAUCCAAGCUUGAUCCCCCUCUUUGUAUUUAUUGGAGCUGGAGGUACUGGAGCAGCGCUGUAUGUCAUGCGCCUGGCAUUGUUCAAUCCAGAUGUCUGUUGGGAUAAAAAGAAUAACCCAGAACCCUGGAACAAAAUGGGUCCCAAUCAGCAAUACAAGUUCUACUCAGUGAAUGUAGAUUACAGCAAACUGAAGAAAGAAGGUCCAGACUUCUAAAUGAAAUGUUUCACUAAAAAGCUGCUUAGAAUGAAGGUCUUCCAGAACCCAUCCGCACAAUUUUCCACUUAACCAGGAAACAUUUCCCCUCCAAAUGCACAAAAUCAUGUUGGUGUGUUAUGUUGGGGUUUACACUGAUUAAUAAAUAUCUGAAACUUGA